AUGCCGCAUAUUCCAUUCCCAUUUCCAUCCCAUCAAGACACCCAUCAGAGUCUUUUCAUCUUUCAUGACAUUGACCCUCCGCCCUCCACCUUGUUCCAAUUCAGCCACCCGGACAGACUCCAACAAGCCAUCUCCUCAAAAAAGCCUAGGGUCAGGCCUACAUGGAAGAGACGGGGGAGGGGCGAGGAACAGGAGGAACACGGGGAAACCCAAACAUCAGCGAAAAAUCAGGCGGAAAAAGAACAACAAACAACUUUCAUAUUCAUCAGGGCCACCACCUGUGUCACCGCUCUGCUCUGUCUGCACUGCACUGUCCUGCUCUCUCCCCAACCAGGGCCCCACCACAUCGCCAACCCGCAGCCCGACCGACCUUGGGGGGGAAAAAAGAGACAAAAAAAGAAAACAAAAAAUAAACAGAACCCAUUCCGCCGAUCUCGCCCCCCCGAGCCCAUUAUCCAUGCUGUGGAGCGGGCAUCGUCGAGCGGGCCGGCGCGCCAAGAACAGAGGGGAGAGUUGUGUGUUUUCGUUGGCGCCGGCAACCUAGGGGCGGGAGAGCCGAUAGCCGUGAGCCUGCUGGGGAAAAUCUCCGGUACCGACGGUUACCCAACUGAAAAGACGACUGACUUUGUUUCCGUUCCGUCCAAUUGUUCACAACAACGCCUCAAGCAAUGCGACGCGGCCGCCAUGAUCGUCGCCGCUUCGGCUUGGUACGCACGCCGAAGCUCGUCAAUGUAG